AAAUGAAAAAUAUACAAUUUCAGAUUUGUGUUGCUUCCUGCAAAACUUUAUUUUAUAAAAGAACGACUUUUUAUUCUGUCAAAUCUGCGUUUGUCCGACCAACACGCUCACCAUGGAUGAUGUAAACUUAAAACAUGAAGUAAUGGUGAAUCAAUUCGUUCUGGCUGCUGGCUGCUUGUCACAUGAAGCAAGGGAACAUUUAAAAUCUACACAUUGGCACUUCGAGGCUGCCCUAAGUCGAUACUUUCAAGAAUCUGGAAUACCUCAACAGCAUAACCAACACCCUUUUUGUCCGCCAACCAAUACACCAGCUACACCACCUGCAUUUCCUGAAGCAUUGCUCGCAUUUUCAAAAAUGCAGACUGGAGAGAAACAGCAGCAGAAUCCUCCAACUAGCAAUGCACAACAGACCGGUUCACAACAGAUCGGUUUUAUGAAAGUAAACACAAGCAGCUGAAAACUAUGUUAAAUAACAACUGCCAAAUAUUCAUUCUUCUUAUGUUUAGUUUGAAGGAUUCACUACAUACUUUUUGCUAUUGGUAGUGCAGCUAAGUUUGUUCUAUUUGGGUUUCAUUGUCAGGAGACAUAUUUGUUAGUAGAUAAUAACUGUAUUUAUUGUUUAGCUUAUUAUGUGCUGAAAUUUUUCUUUAUCAAAUGUAACGAAGGCACUGUUUAAGUUAGCCGCUCUUAGGUUGUUGUGAGUAGAGGUUGACUACAAAUGAUUAUUUUUUUCAACAAUCUAGUUUAUUGCAAUGAGUUACGUUUUUUCGAAUAUCUCCUUUUAAAACUUAUUUUAUAAUUUUUUUUGCUUUCCAAUAGAAAAAAGCAAAUUACCAUAAAGCACACCUAUGCGUUAACAUAUUAAUAACACUGACUCAGAAACUUUUCUUUGAUUAAGCCCUGUCACCAACAUUGUGUUGUUGUAAGCUUUUUCCAAAUCAUGAAAAUUCACAUUGGAACUCACAGUUUACCAAGAAGCUGGUGUUCUUGAUCACACUUUCAUCUAAAAGCUUGGUCCUUAAAGUCUGUAUGUUUUACUUAAACACAACUGGCGUAAUAUUAAUACUGUGCUGUGGUACAAUUGCAACUUCUAAUCUAUAAAUUGCCUAACAAAUUUAUUUAAGCACACAAUAAUUGAUUCUGAAAUGUAAUAAUGAACCCACUUUAUGAAAAUAUUUUUUAUAAUGUUUUAUUCCCUAACACAGUUUUACUGUUUAACGGAAAAGACACUUUGAUGUUUUUGCCAAUUAGAUUUACAAACGAUUUGUCAACUUUUUUGGUUAACUUUGUACACCAGUCUUCAUGUGUUAACAAUUUACAAGUAUAUUAAUGGCCAUUCCAUCAUGCAAAUGGCCAAAUACCAUUACUUUAUAUUUAAGUAUAAUCUAUAUGCAUAAUACAGCUAGGUUCAGUGGUCUCUAAUACAAAAAACAAGCAUUCAGGAAUAUCUUUGCAUGUCGAAAGUUAUCUUUUAUUUGCAUGUAGUGUCUAACAUAAUACACAAGCAUUUUGAUGAAA